AUGGUUUCCCAUAAGGAGUUUGAAACUGCUGGGAAGAAGCCAGGACUGCAGGUGUGGCGCAUCGAGAACAUGGACCUGAAACCCGUUCCCAAGGAACUGCAUGGCAGCUUCUACAUGGGGGAUGCCUACCUGCUGCUCUUCACCACCGCGGCGCCUUCAUACUACAUCCACAUGUGGAUGGGGGAUGAGUGCUCGCAGGAUGAGAGCGGAGCAGCGGCGGUAUUCGCCACACAGCUGGACGACUUCCUGGGCGGCGGGCCGGUGCAGUUCAGGGAGACGCAGAACUAUGAGUCCAACACUUUCCAGGGGUAUUUCAAGAAGGGGAUCAAGUACCAGAUAGGGGGCGUGGCCUCUGGUUUCCAGCACGUGGUAACCAAUGACGCGAGCGUCAAGCGCCUGCUCCAUGUGAAAGGCCGUCGGAUCAUCAGAGCAUCGGAGGUGGAAUUGUCUUGGUCCAGCUUCAACAAGGGCGACUGCUUCAUCAUCGACCUUGGAAAGGACAUCUACCAGUGGUGUGGCAGCGAGUGCAACCGCUUCGAACGGCUGAAGGCGUCCCAGCUCUCCAUCGGCAUCAGAGACGACGAGCGAAACGGCAGAGCCAAGGUUCACAUGGUGGAGGAAGGAGACGAGCCAGAAGCGGUUCUGAAGGUUCUCGGGCCUAAGACCAGCAUUGCUCCCAGUAGUUCUGAUGACGAUGUGGAAGUAACCAACAAGGGGAAGGGUGCCCUCUACAUGAUCUCAGAUGCCUCUGGCUCCAUGAAGGUGACGUCCGUGGCUCCGUCCAGCCCCUUCAAACAGGGCAUGCUGUCUCCAGAGGAGUGCUACAUCCUGGACAACGGGGUGGACCGCACCAUCUUUGUGUGGAAAGGCCCCAAGGCCAACGUAUCUGAGCGUAAAGCAGCCAUGGCUGCCGGGCAGCAGUUCAUCAAAGACAAAGGAUAUUCCAGCAAGACUCAGAUCCAAGUCCUUCCUGCAGGAGGCGAGACUCCACUGUUCAAGCAAUUCUUCUCUGACUGGAAGGACAAAGACCAGACCACAGGCCCCACUAAGACCUACACCAUCGGCCGGAUCGCCCAAGUGGAGCAGGUGCCCUUUGACGCCGCCACUCUGCACUCAAACAGUGCCAUGGCAGCUCAGCACGGCAUGGUGGACGACGGCAAAGGCAAAGUCCAGAUCUGGCGAGUUGAGGAUGGUGCAAGUGUUCCCGUGGAUCCCUCCACCUACGGCCACUUCUACGGCGGCGACUGUUACCUGAUCCUGUACAGCUACAAGACGGGAGGUCGGGAGAAGCACCUCAUCUACACCUGGCAGGGGCUGAAGUGCACCCAGGACGAGCUGGCGGCCUCAGCGUUCCUCACCGUGAAGCUGGAUGACUCAAUGGGAGGAGCGCCGGUUCAGGUGAGAGUGACUCAGGGUCAGGAGCCCCCCCACCUGAUGAGCCUUUUCCAGGGCAAGCCCAUGAUCAUCCACCUUGGAGGAACGUCACGGAAAGUCGGACAGCAGCGGCCCCCCAGCACGCGCCUCUUCCACAUCCGGCAGAGCAUGACCCGCACCACGCGGGUGGUGGAGGUCGAGGCCACUGCCUCCAAUCUGAACACCAACGAUGUGUUUGUGCUGAAAACCGUGGAACAUCUGUUCGUGUGGCGCGGCUUGGGCGCCACUGAUGAGGAGAUGGACGCAUCCAAGCAUGUGGUGGGCUUUCUGGGUGGGAGCCCCACUGCUGUGUCUGAGGGCAAGGAGCCAGCUAAUUUCUGGUCUGCUCUGGGCGGCAAGAAGGAAUAUCAGACCUCAAAGAGCCUGCGGAACAUGGUGAAACCUCCACGUCUGUUCGGCUGCUCCAACAAAAUUGGAAGACUCAUCGUGGAAGAAGUGCCAGGAGAUUUCACUCAGUCAGAUCUGGCCACCGACGACGUGAUGCUGCUGGAUACCUGGGACCAGAUCUUCCUUUGGGUUGGCAAAGAUGCUAAUGAAGUGGAAAGGAAAGGAGCUCCUAAAAUAGCUAAAGAGUAUGUGGACUCGGACCCUGCUGGCCGCAGUGGUUUACCCAUCACCACCAUCAAGCAGGGAGCCGAGCCUCCGACCUUCACUGGCUGGUUCCAGGCUUGGGAUCCCAAGAUGUGGGACACAGAUCCACUGGAAAGAAUCCGCGCUCGUUUCUGAACACAACGCUCCAGCCCCCUCCCAGCCCUCCAAAUACUCCGUACUUUGCCUUUUUUUGUUGUUGUACAUCUUAAUUCUAAUCCCUAAGUGCCAAGACAAAUGACGCCACUGUUAUCGGCCUCGAUGCCUUGAUGCCCGUGCAGCGCGCUGGACUUCAUAAAAACAUCCCAUCAGUAGUCAAGCGACGUCCUCCAGUCGCAUUUUCUCUAAUUGGGAGAAAUGCUUUAUUGAUCUGUUGCCUUCCCAUCCCAAGCAAAAUGCCCACUGAAGUCCUGGAACGAGCAGGAAAGAAGAAAACAGGAAAGCCGUUUCAGACUGUCCGAGAAACUCCAGACCUUCACUGAGUGCAGAAGAAACCGCAGUGCUUUCCUUUCUCUGAUUCACUGCUUGCUUUUCAAGAUGAACUCCUACAACGUGUCCAAUAGCUUACAUCCUCCCCACACACACCCAGAUGCAUUGUGCCCGUGCCUCAGUGCUUCUGCCAGACCGUGCACUCACCAGAAGCUGCAUGCUGCAUUUAAAAAAAAAAAAAUCAUACUCUGUGUUUGUGAGAAAGACAUACUGUGGUCUGCCCGUGUGUCCACUCUGAUCCAGAAAUGUUCCUCUGAAUCGCUUCUCAAUAAACUCUCUGGUAUUUAAAAC